AUGUCGCUUUUUGGCCAAACGGCAUCCGCUGCUACAGCUGCAAACCCGGCACAAGGUGAUAUCAAAUCCGAUGUACCAGUUACGAAUCCGCCAGAAGACAGUAUAUCUGCACUUGCAUGGUCAAGUGCGGGAGACUAUCUGUCCGCUAGCUCGUGGGACAAGAAGACGUAUGUUUAUCAGGUGCAGGCUGGUGUGAGCUCAGGUUUGACGACGAUUACGCAUGAAAAGCCAGCGCUGGAUACGUGUUGGUCGAGUGAUGGUACUAAAGUCUUUUCUGCCGGCGCAGACAAAGCCGUGUUCAUGGUGGACAUGAAUAACAUGGGCCAAGGGCAGAAACAGGUCGCAGCCCAUGAUGACACAAUAAGCUGUGUGCGUAUUCUGGUAGUCAAUGGCAAAGAUAUGCUAGUUACAGGCUCAUGGGACAAAACGAUCCGGUACUGGGAUCUCACAUCUUCGACCCCUCAGGCCCAAGUCACAGUUGCAGAACGGGUCUACACGAUGGACACAAAAAAUAAUCUACUUGUAGUUGGUACUGCAGAUCGCUGGAUUGAGGUUUUUGACGUCAGCAGCAACCCAUCAGUUCCCGUCAAAAAGCUCCAGAGUCCGCUGAAAUGGCAGACACGGGUUGUGUCGUGCUUCAAUGAUGCCUCGGGUUAUGCAGUCGGAAGUAUCGAAGGCCGAUGUGCGAUACAAUAUGUUAAGGAUAGUGACAGCGGCUCGAACUUCUCCUUCAAGUGCCACCGGCAGAACGAUACAAACAAUCGAGACGUUGCCAAGGUGUAUUCUGUCAACUGCAUCUCAUUUCACCCUGUACACGGCACAUUCAGCACUGCGGGUGCCGAUGGGACUUUCCAUUUUUGGGACAAAGAUGCCAAGCAUCGUUUGAAGGGCUAUCCAGAAGUCGGUGGUACAAUCAGCGCGACAGCGUUCAACCGGAAUGGAGAGAUCUUCGCGUAUGCAGUCAGUUAUGACUGGAGUCAAGGGUUUCAAGGAAACAAUCCGAACUACCCGAACAAGAUCAUGCUGCAUCCUGUCGGUGCGGAUGAGUGCAAACCACGACCCGGGAGCAAGAAGCGAUAGUAAAGGAUAUCUUGUGGCUGAGACAUCAAAAAAAUCGAACCAGUUGACUAAUAUCGAUCCAAUGAAUGGCAUGGCGUUAUGGGUGUAUAGUAUAUAUAGGAUGUUUCGCGAGCAUUUCGAAAUGUUCUGGCGGAUUUGUUGCACGUAGAGCAUGGAAAAUGGUUCGUACUUAGGACUGCAGGAUAUCCGACUUAUUCGUAUAUCGCAAUGAUCACAUCCUAUGAGGCAAUAUCCGCCUUGGAUUUCAGCAAAUCAGAUUCCUGCUUAUUAUUCAACAUC